AUGGCAUUGGAACCAAUUGACUGCACCUCGCACUCCGGAGAGAUCGAGGAGGCGUACUUGAAGGUGGUCCGCGGUACGGACCCGGACACCACAUGGCUGAUUAUUUCACCAAACAGUAAGAAGGAGUACGUUCCGGAGUACACUGGGACGUCGUUCAGCGAGUUUCUGCAGACUUUCGAGGAUGUGAAAGUGCAGUACGGUCUGGCACGCGUGUCGCCUCCAGGGUCCGACGUCGAGAAGCUGAUUCUUGUUGGGUGGUGUCCUGAUUCCGCGCCGAUGAAGUCUCGUGCCUCGUUUGCGAGCAAUUUUGGGACUGUGUCUAAUGGUGUCCUACAGGGCUACCAUGUGCAAGUUACUGCGAGAGAUGAAGAUGAUCUGGACGAGGACGAGCUUUUGCAAAAAAUUUCAAAUGCUGCGGGGGCACGGUACUCGAUCCAGCAAGGUGGUUCAGAGAAGAAACCAGCUUUCAAAAAAACUGUCUCCCCACCAGCGGCAAAACCUACAACCACUGAGCGUGCGAUUCCUUUGAAAAAGACCCCAGUGGUAGCACCUAAACCACAAUCUAAGACUCCUGCCCCUGCCCCUGCCCCUGCCCCUGCCUCUACCGCUAAGGAAACGGAGGACUGGGAUGAGCCGGAAUUGAAGGAGAGGAACCUUGACGAACAGCCACUGGCACGCAACCAGUCAUCGUACAAGCCAAUUGGCAAAAUCGACUUGCAACAAGUCAUUCGCGAGGAGAACGCACGUGAGGAUCCACGUCUUGUGUCCAGCACCUCCAAAAACGGCAACGGUCCUGAAAUGGGGGCCACUGCCGGAUCGAAGGUCGACCCUGAUGCUGAUAUCAAGGCCCUAAAGGAACAAUCGAAGAUGGCACGCGAUAGAGAAAUCAACACAUUCUUGGCUAAGAAGGAUUCAGCAACCCCCGCCUCCACGCCCAGUGUUGUCAAAUCUCCUGCUCCAACCGUAAGGGACGCCUCGACCUCCCCAGUGGACGAUGAGAGGGCAGAGGAUGUCAGCGAGUUGAAAUCAAGGUUUGAAAAGCUGGGCAAAAUGGAGCAACCUACCCAACAAAAACCAGAGUCUCCAAUCCACAAGACUAGUGAACCUCAGAUCAUCCAGCCACAGGUGGGGAGCUUACCGCCCAGAGCUGAUUCGACAAAAAGGUCCACUCCAAUGGGACCACCGGCAGGACGUGGUAUUGCGCUGCCAGGUAUGACCAAAGAAUCGCAAAUGGAUGACGAGGAGAAUGAAGGGGAAAGUGACGGCUGGGAUGAGGAAGAACCAACCCCCGCUUUGCCAUCAAGAAACGUAGCCAAGCCUGAACCAGAAGAGCCAGAAAAACAAGAGAAAGAAAGCACACCAACUCUUCCACCAAGGAAUGUAACCCCACCUGAAGAGGAGGAGGAAAAGCAAGAGGAACAAGAGGGGGAUGAGGAGCAGCAGCAGCAGCAGCAGCAGGAAGAACCCCCACAGUCACAGACCCGCCGUGCAGUUCCUCCUCCUCCACCAAGAAGAGCCGAACCUGAACCUGAACCUGAGGAACAAGCGGCUCCAUGGGCCCUAGCAGAAUAUGACUACGAUGCAGGUGAGGAAAACGAAUUGACCUUCGUGGAGAAGGACAAAAUCAUCAACAUAGAAUUCGUAGACGACGACUGGUGGCUGGGCGAAUUGGAACGUAACGGUGAAAAGGGCCUGUUCCCAUCCAACUACGUAUCUCUACAAAAUUAA